AUAUCAUUCAAUCAUCAAAUCUUUCAUCACAUACAUACUAAAGAAGACACCCAGCUGAGCAUUUAAAUCCCUUCUUCUUUUUUGUUUUCUUUGCACCAGAAUUAUAGUGAUUGAUUUCAUGGUGGUUCUAAGCCUUCAACCUGUCCAAUUUUCUACCCCUAAACACAUGUUAUUAUGUAGACCGGGCAGUAGUGUCCCAUCCGAUGUGGGAUUGCAGAGGCAUCAGGAGAGCCAGCUCCCAUGGGACAAAAGACCAAGUACAAUGAUGGGUUUUUUGAGAAGGGAUUUAUGACACUGUUUGCUCGCAAAAUGAAGAAGUUUGCAGCUCCAGUGAAGGCCAGGACUGAGACUAAGGAGAAGGCAUGGUGGGAAUAUGACUAUGAGAGCUUUGUGGAUGUGUCUAAGAGAGUGAUGCAGGGGAGGUCUAGAGUUCAGCAGCAGCAAGUGGUUCGAGAAGUGCUCUUGUCUAUGCUGCCUCCAGGUGCGCCUGAUCAGUUUAGGAAAUUGUUUCCACCAACAAAGUGGGCAGCUGAAUUCAAUGCUGCAUUAACAGUGCGUUUCUUCAGCUGGUUGGUUGGGCCUUCUGAGGUUGUAGAAGUUGAGAUAAAUGGGGUGAAGCAAAGAAGUGGAGUCCAUAUAAAGAAAUGCAGGUGGAAUCUAUAUUUCAUGAUGUCCAAAUUGAAUAUAAUUUGUCAAGUUAACGUUGACUUUGACUCACGCCAACACAAACUAGACAUUUAAAGCUUCAAGUCUUGGAAUGGGAGCAAGAACUCACGACAUAUCAUAGCUAUAUGUAAGAACGGGCAAAUGCCCUAUAUGUGAAAUGUUACUACUUCAAUGGAGCUAUACCUCCUCAUACCAGGAACUACAACAAUCCACCAAACAAAUCAAUCGUUCAAAAACCAUAUGUCAACCAGAUUGUUGCUUUCACUUCUCAUUGUCAUUGUUGCUUUCUCCUCAAGCUUUCAGAAUGUUGAUUUUCUAGAUUAUUAUUACUUUGUUAUUUGCAAUU